AUGGGCAACGUCGUCCUUUCAUCGAAACCCAUAGCAAUGGCUUCGUCACUCCUUAAAACUGUCGGCGCUGCUGCUGUUGCCAUAGCUGCCAAUACGGGCGCUACCAAAUCGUAUCAGGUUUCCGAAGUUUACAACUCGACUAAUUUCUUUGAUAAGUUCAAUUUCUUCAGCGGGACUGACCCCAACGGCGGUUACGUCCAGUACCAAACCCAGGCCAACGCGCAGGACCUUGGCUUGGUUAAGACCCAGGAUGAUGAGGUAUACGUUGGUGUAGAUAUUGCUGGCAGUUACCAAGCUACAGGUGCUGGGCGAAAGAGUGUUAGGUUGGAAAGUAAAAACGUUUACAACAAGGGUUUAAUCAUUGCCGAAUUUACUCACCUGCCUAAGCCCGUUUGUGGUUCGUGGCCCGCAUUCUGGUUCUUUGGUGACCCGUGGCCAACUAAGGGUGAAAUCGAUCUCUAUGAGAACUGGAACGAUCUUAACUUCAACCGCCACACCUCCCAUGUUGAUAAGCCUGAUGUCGUCGGGGACUGCACACUUGUUGCAAGUGACAUGACAGCGAAGAUCGACUCCCCCAACUGCUACGACUUCGCUGACGGACAAGCGAACUUCCAAGGUUGUUCCGCUUCCGAGAUUUCUUCUACCUUCGGGUCCCCCUCCGGAGGUAUCUUCGCGUUGGAAUGGACGGAUGAUUUCCUUAAGAUUUGGGAUUGGCCCCGCGACGGCGCUCCCAAGGACAUUUCAAGCGGCCAGCCGGCUCCCGGUUCUGCAUGGGGCCAGCCAUCUUAUGUGAUCAGCAAGUGUAACGUCGACAAGGCAUUCAAGGAUAUGAAGAUGGUUUUGAACGUUAACUUCUGUGGUGUCGCUGGCCAGACUGGUCAGUGGGACACUAGCUGCAAGGCUACAACUGGAUUUGGCACCUGCAAUGAGUAUGUCGCCGCGAAGGGCGGAGACUUCGAAUCCUCCAACUUCAAGGUGAAAGAUAUCAAGGUCUACGAGCUUAAGGAGGGUCAAGCCCAAGUUUCGACCUCGUCAACGGCAUCUAGCCCGUCUAGCACAUCUGCCGCACCUAGCUCCGCUACCUCGGUGUCCACCGAGUCUACUACCGCCUCCGUGUCGACCCAAUCCGACGGCCCUGGCGCGUCUGUAACGACGACUUCCUCUGCCUCGCAAAACACGGCAACAUCAACCGCUUCCGAGGACGACGAUUCCUGUACCGAUGAGAAUGGGGAAACCUCAAGUUCGUCUGUUGUCUCGCCCACCGUGAGCGUGUCGGUCACUACUACCGAGCAGGAGAUGACCACCUCAACCAUUUAUUCAACUGAUAUCCACACCGUCACAUCGUGUGCCUCAACAGUGACCGACUGCCCCGCGGGCAGUUACGUCACUACCAAGAUUAUUUCAGUCGGAACCACUGUUUGCCCUGUGACCAAAUCGGAAGGCUCCAAGACUGAGCCAACGCCAACUUCAAGUGCACCCGCUGAGUACACCACCAGCGUAGUUGAGGUGACGAAUACAUACACGGUUACCUCUUGCGCGGCCACUGUCACCAACUGCCCCGUUGGUGCCGUCACUAGCGAAGUUACCCUCACGACGACUGUGUGUCCUGUGAGCAAGGAAAGCCCAAGCGCCACCCCUAGCUCAAGCAAACCUGCCGAGACACCUGGCACAAUCAGCAAGCCGGCUGAGAGCACGGCAACGGAAACGGGCGUAGUUUCGACCCCGAGCCCUACAACGGCCAGCAGCAGCGGAAGCACCACCAUCACCAACGGCGGGUCCUACGUCGUCGUGACGCCAACCGUAGUUCUCUCCAGCAGCAUCAACCUAGGUUACAACGGAACAAUAACGACAUCAUUCACGACUCCCGGCGGUGCGGCGUCGACUGGGGCUGCCGGUUGCAAGGGAGCUAACUGCGUCGUGCCUGUUGCUGGUAGUGUUAAGACAAGCGUGAGCUUUACGCUUAUGGGUGUAGCAGCAUUCUUCUUCCUUGCGCUAUAGAUAUAUUUCUACGGAAGAUAUUAAGGACUGGGAUCCUAUGAGAUAAUAUUGUAGAUUCUUUUUUUCUGGGGUUAUGUAUGAAUUGGAGGGGUAUAAAAGGCUUCCUGGUUAUCCUGGAUAAUGUUUUAACUGGGUUAUUAUAUAUCAUACUAUUAUCUGAUUUGCUAUUUGAACUUUUACCUGUUGAUUGGCCAUGUAUCCUCAUGUGUUGUGAUGUUGUAGGUCGAUAGUAUUAUUAUGUAGAGUUGGACAUAGGUCCA